GUUGAUGGCACAACGUGACAUUAUGUGUAAAUCGAAAGCACAGUAUGCCAGCGUGACAACCCUAUGGCAGACGCACUUGCUCAGUAACGAGAGACUGGCUGCAUGUUUGUGUUCUCUGAGAUGAUGGAGCUUGGUUCUGUUCAGAAUAAGUUGGCAUGUGUAUUUGAAGUAGAAGUGUUGCGUGAACCGUCCGACAAACGGUGUCAUCAGUCGUACAGAGUUGUGGCAACAGAUAGACUCCGGACGGAAGCCAUCGAACAUAAUGUUGUCAGCGCUGUUCCGUCCGAAAAAUUGGACGGGACUUGUGUAUUGAUCUCAGAUUUUCAAGGAAAACCUUGGCUGUGGGCACGUCAUGAUCGUAAACCCUCGAAGCAGGCUGAGCGGAAAUUCAGAGCCUUUCAAAGCAAUCGCAAGCACCUGUCCAAUGAAGGAGAAGAGGCUGGAGAGGAAUUUGUCUGGAAUGUUUCAAAGGACUUCAGAGAAGUUCCCGAGCACUGGGUGGCAGCAGCAGGAGUAGAGAGUGUGGCCGGAGUCCCUCAACCAGAGUCCAAUGGUCACAUCCCUGGGUGGGUGCCAGUGGAGCCGUCCUCUAGACAACACUGCUGGCAUUUGUCAGCUGUUAACCUUCACCAUGGUCUAGCAUUAGUUCUCAGGGAAGAUGAGCAUGGGGAUUUGGAGAUUGUGGCUGUCCCUUUAGCAGAACUCGAUGGCCACACAGCUGAAUUGAUUGGUACAAAUAUCAAUGCAAAUGCUUACAAGAUAGGCACAAAGCAGUGCCCACUGCACCUGUUGAUUGUUCAUGGCUCUGUUAAGUUACAAAAUCCUCCCAGACUCGCUCUUGAAGAACUCAAAGACUGGUUUUCCUCCUCCCCAGCUGGAAAGGUGGAAGGUAUUGUGUGGCAUUGUGAGGACAAAACACUGUUCAAGCUUCAUCGCCAUCACCUAGGAUUACCUUGGCCUGUGCAGGAACCCAUCUUUUCUCAGAGACGUGUCAAAUUGUGUGUUGAUAUGGCCCAAUACCAUAUCACACAACCUGUUAAUUCUAAACACUCUGGAAAAGACUUGUUCUUUAUGUUGGGAAAGGCUCGAGACAGGCAGUGUGAUAGCCUGUCCAAGGUUCAUGAAUUGCUUACGGCUACCUGAUGGUGAGAGCAGAUGCAGUCUGAUCUUGCCGAAGAUUUGUCAUUACAUGCAUCACCAGCAGAACUUCAUGUUGUCAUGGGAACUGACCAAUAUUGGAGAAGAGCAUGGCCAGUCCCAAACAUUUAUGCAUCAUGAGGUAUUAUUGUCAAAUAGUCCCCAAGUAUGAAUAUAUCAAUAAAUGUAAAUUUAAUCACAUUACUGGGUACUUAAACAUGCAUAUGUUUCUUUUAUUUGAUAUUAAUAAACUUUUAAGCUUAUUGUUUAAGCUGAAAGGUAAGAUGUCCAAGCAUAGCAUUUCUAGGAACACUCAAACAUAUGCCGUGUCUUAUCUACUGAUGGAUGCUUGUUCCAUUUACAGAGACAUUCAAAAUAAAUAUACAUCAAACUAUGAGUGAUAUAAUAUAUCAACAUGCAUGUAAAGUAGUAAUAUAUCUUAUCUUAGUAGAGCUGAUAAAUUACCAAGUACAAAGAAGUUUUGACAAGCUUCUAGGACAUAACCAGCCAUGUGAAAGUGUUCAAUUGUUCCAACUUGUAAGCUGGAAAACAGCUUGUCGUCGUCAUGAAGUGAUGAAUCGUACUAAGAAGCAAGAUUGUAUGACACGGUCUACUGAGCAAGUGAAUAUUGUUAUCUUAGGGAAGGGAGCUGAAUGGGAACAACAAAAUGAGAAACAGCAGUUUCAGUCUCAGAUUUCACGUUAGUCUAUGUAGUUUUAUCAACUCUUAUUAUUAUUGGCCGGGAAUGUUUGGUUGACGGCUGGUAGACUGUGUUUUAGUGCUAAGAUUUGGAAGAAAAUCUUGCACACUGUUUUCUUGUGAGUUGCCAAUAGCUGGAUGUCCUUUGUUGCAGAGCGAAAGUUUGUGUUUCAUUUGUCUUCAUGUAGGUGUAAAGCAGAUUUGGAGUGAGCAGCGUGAACCUGCUUGAGAACAUAUAUCCAACUGUGAAGUUUUUCUGCUUGAUGGAGAAACUUCUGUAUAACAGGCUUGACUUUGUGUGAAAUACCUUGAAAUUCAGUAAUUUACUCAAAUUCUUAUUAACUUAUGAGGUUGAGGUUUGAUGCUGUACUGAAGAAUAUUUUGGUGUACAGUCACACCUUGCUAUAAGGCCCCUAACCCCCCAACACCAUUUCCAUAAGUUACCGUCACCCUUGCUUAUUGCCAUCUGCCAGGCUCUUUUUCUGAACGACGUGUAUUACAACCAUUAGUUUUGCCUUCGCUGUUUCGACAGUCAUGGCAUGAUACUACAUGUGCAUGUGUAUUUCAAGAUUUUGGCUUGGGCCAGUCAGAGGUGCAGGCUGCUCAUGCUGUUACACCGAAGCUUCGAUCGUGCAACCACAACCAUACAGGCUACAUCUACAUUUGUAACCAUGUCCUA